AUGUCAGAUGAGAACGGUUUAUUGCUUCCAGCUGAUCUGAGGAUAGUUCUGCUGGGGAAGACUGGAGCAGGGAAGAGUUCAACAGGAAACACCAUCCUGGGGAGGGAGGGGUUUCCUUCUAAGUCAAGUCCAAAUCCAGUGACUGAACAGUGUGAGAAACAAAGUGUAGUGGUGGAUGGGAAGAAGAUUGAUGUCCUCGACACUUCUGCGAUCGGUGACAUAUCACUUACAGAAACAAAUUUGAUUGGCAAAAUAUGGAAACAGUUUCAGAGAACAGAUAAAGUAGAAAUAGAGAGAUGCAUCAAGAUGUCAGUCCCAGGACCCCAUGUGUUCCUUCUGGUGAUCAGACUGGAUAAAUACACAGAGGAGCAAAGAAAAGCUGUGGAGUACAUCCAGGAGAACUUUGGAAAAGGGGCCUCAGACUUCACUAUGGUAUUAUUCACUGGUGCAGAUCAGCUGGAUAACACAACAGUAGAGGAGUUUCUGAAGGAGAGUAAGAGUCUUCAGACACUGGUCAAUAGCUGUGGAAGGAGAUAUCAUGUCUUUAACAACAGAGAGCGGAGAGACAGUACCCAGGUCAGAGAGCUACUGAGGAAGAUAGACAAUAUGGUGAAGUUCAACGGACACUACACCAAUGAGAUGUAUUUGAAGGCUCAGAAAGAGAUCAGGAACAGACAGUUGUUGGAGUUGGGUGAACAAGCAGCAAAAGAAGCUAUAGUAGUUGGCUGCACAACCACAGUAGUAGGACUAGGUCUUAUCUUAGCCCCAAUAAAAGCUGUAGUUGGAGGGAUAGUGAUUGCAGGAGGAGCAGCAACAGCUAUAGCAGGAGGGAUAACUAAACAUGUAACCAAGAAGAAAACCAAUAAUUAACUGCAGGGUUCGUGUCUGUAAAUAAGG